AUGCUGCGACAAUCAAUCCGCCCCUCACAUCCUCCAAAGACCGAUUCGGAGAAUGAGGAGCUACGUGUGCAAUGUAAUGCCUUGAAAUAUGAGCUGGAGAGCUUCAAGCAAGAGCGGGAUCUCAUGAUACUGCGCCAUGAGAAGGAGCUCCGGGAAUUACAAUUAAAAAGAGACGUGGAUUUUCGCAAAGCUCAGGCCGCGGAGACUUUGAGCCACCGGGCUAAUCACAAGUACGAGACGCUUGCGAAGGAAAUGAAAGAAACCCAAGACCAAGCACUUACAGACAAGGUCGGCUUUGAGCGGAAGAUCAGGAGUCUUCAAGACCAAAACCAAACCCUCCAGGAAGAUGUUGAUGAUACCAAGGCGCAGUUGCUCGAUCAAGAGAGACAAUUCAAGUAUCAAGUCAACGAGCUAGAAACAAUUAGAUCAUCCCUCCAGAGAACGGUCGAGGAUUUGCAGAAUGAUCUUCAGAAUCUUCAGAAUGAAGUGCAAGCCACACAAGACAAGCUUCGUGAAAGAGAAGCAGAUGUGGCCAAUUUGGAAACCGAGAACAUCACCCUCAAGGCCGAAGGAAGUGAUGCAGAGACAUUGUCAGUUCUUAAACGAGAACUGUCCGAACAAGUCAGUCAUAUUCGAAAUCUGGAAUCGACAAACAGAGAACAAUCUGCGGAGCUGCGGCACCUCCGCAAAGUCCAGAAAAAUGUCGAGGUGGUGGAAGAACAGAAGAAGUCGCUGGAGAACCAAUUGCAUCUGAUGAAAGGGUUAGAGUCGGAACUGAAUACGUUGCAAAUCCAGAAACAAAUCCUUGAAGACGAGAGAAAUUCCUGGACCAGCCUUUUACAGGAUAACAACCAGGCCGAAGAGUUUGGCUCCCCGGAAGAUGUUGCGAAGGCUUUGUUACAAGAGCGCAUCGAAAAGGCCACUCUUGUUGACAGAUUGGGCAACGUCGAAGCACAGUUCCUAGAAAAAGAUGAGUUGAUAAAAGGACUGGAAACUGAAAAGGCCAACUUACGUAAGGAGCUAGAAAAGGUUCGAAGCUUCGGCGCUGCCACAGGAGGAGCCAUGGCUGAGAGUCGGGCGAAGGCUCGACUUGAACGACAGCGAGCACUCGCCGUUAAGGAAGUCGAGUACCUUCGUGCGCAACUGAAAGCCUUCGACACAGAGGAGGCGACCAUGAAUGAACAGAGCCAAUUUGAUGAGCAGAAGUCGGAACAGGUUGCCAAUCUUGAGAAGCUCGUCGAUCAAUAUAGAAAGGAGCUGGAGAAAGCCCACGAGGAGCUCUCGAAUCGCGAAUCUUCACUGCAGGAAGAUGCACAGCUGCGGGGAGUCAAACGUCCGCUCUCUCCUGCUGAAAAUGAAGCUGAGAACGAGCGCCUCUCGGUCCUGACUCGCAAAAACCGAAGCUUGCAGGAGUCUUUGUCCAAAUCCGAGCAAGCAGCUACUCUCCUACGCCGAGAGUUUGAAGCCACCAAGUCCCAGCUUAAAUCGCUCAAAGCCAAGUCACGCAUUCGUAUCCUCGAACUCCGCGACAACCCUACUGCGGAAGCCGAAAACAUCAAGCUGUCCACCAUCAACACGUUGAAGGCAGAAAACCAAAAUCUACUUGCCCAGUUACGCGGUGAUCACGCAAAUGUGAAGGUUGUCCCCAUGAGCACCUUAGAUAGCAUGAAGCUGGAGAUCCAGGAAAUGGAACGAGUAGUCGCCGACAAGGAAAAGCGCAUGCGGCGCCUGAAAGAGAUCUGGACCGCAAAAUCGUCCGAAUUCCGCGAAGCUGUUGCCUCUUUGUUAGGCUACAAGUUAGACUUCCUCCCCAACGGCCGCGUGCGUGUUACUUCGAUGUUCCAUCUCUCGCCGGCCUAUCGUCACGGAGACAGUGCUUCUGCGGACUCCGGUGGUCCCGGCAGCAUGGGCAACGGGGAGGAGAAUUCAAUCAUCUUCGAUGGCGAGAAUGGUACGAUGAAGAUCUCCGGCGGACCUAAUAGUCUCUUCGCCAUGGAAAUUAAACACCUCAUCAAGUUCUGGGUAGAGGAACGUAAAGAUAUCCCCUGUUUCCUAGCCGCCAUGACGUUGGAUUUCUUUGAUAAGACUACACGGGCUGCGCGCAUGUAA